AUGGCUCGGUGGCCGCCGGGCUUCCCCGGCUUCUCCCUCCCCCCGCCGGCGUGGCCAUACCGUCCUUCCAUGCCGCCGCCGCCGCCGCCGUCCGGCGGUUCGUCUCAAGGCAGGACCGUCGCCGGCACCUUCGGCGGCCUCGUCGCCUGCCUGCUCGUUGGCCUCGCCGUGUGCAGCCUCUGCAAGAGGCGUCGCAGCAGCCGCGCACGCGCCGCGGCAGCGGCUCCGACGCAGAGCCUGCCGGAGAGCGGCGGCGUGCGGCAGCUUCACCGGGCAUGCGCCGCCAGCCCGACGGCCGGGCUCCCGGCGUUCACGUACAGCCUGUCGGUGAAGCACAACGUGGCGGGCGGAGGGGAGGAGGCAGCGACGUGCUCGGUGUGCCUCGGCGCGCUGCAGGUCGGCGAGACGGUGCGGCUGCUGCCGGCGUGCCUGCACCUGUACCACGCCGAGUGCAUCGACCCGUGGCUGGACGCGCACUCGACGUGCCCGCUCUGCCGCUCCGACACCGACCCGGCCGCUGUCUAG